AUGGCCGGAGGAAAUAGGGACAUGCUGAAUACAUGCCCCAUGAUCACAGAUCGCACCAAGUCAGAAGUGUGCCCCUCCAUUGUUGCCAGAUGUGUGCAGUACCUGCGCGACUGCCCGCGCGAGCCGCACCUGCCGAUGUACAUGGUGGUGGGCGGUGUGCUGGGGCUGGUGUACACGGGCUGGCUGCUGUGGUGGCAGGUGCGCUCGCGCCGCUACGAGCGCCUCGAGGCGCGCCACGGCGUCGCCAGCGUCGCGUCGUCGGCAGGGUCGCGCCUGGCGCACGCCGCGCUCGCUCUCUUCCUGGCGCUGUGGUUCGCCUUCGGCAACUACUGGACGCUGCACGUCAUGUGGCCCGAGUUCGAGCCGACGCUGUUCGAGCCGAACCGGUGGUGCGCGCGCUCGCUGUACGCGUUUGCUGUGGCGCACCUGGCGCUCGUGUGGUCGCUGGCGUCGUUGGUGGCGGGGACGGCGCUGCUGCUCGCCAUGUGCCGCUGGCUCGCCUGCCCCCACGUGCUGCGCUUUAAAUAA